AUAAUGUCAGGAUUCAGAACUCGGAAGCAGCCAAUCCAUACUGAUGGGAACGUAAACGAACACGGACACUCAUAAAAAUAUUUCUCACACUGCAGCUACUAAAUAAAUCACCCUUCUCUCUCUCUCUCUCUCUCUCUCUCUCUCUCUCGUUCUAUAUAUAUAUAUAUAUAUAUAUUCCCAAAUUACUGUCUUUCUUUCCAGUCUCAUCAGUCUUUCGGAUCGUCCAUCAGGGUUGGAAAAUGGGGACAGGAUUGGAAAGAGAAUCAAAUUAGAAUGGCAACGACGGCUUGUUUCAUCAUUGUCAGCAGGAAUGAUAUCCCUAUUUAUGAAGCUGAAGUUGGAUCUGCUGCCAAGAGAGAAGACGCUGCUCAACUGCAUCAGUUUAUAUUACAUGCUGCUCUUGAUAUCGUUCAGGACCAUGCAUGGACUACCAGUGCCAUGUACUUGAAGGCGAUAGACCGGUUCAAUGAUUUGGUUGUUUCAGUAUAUGUUACAGCUGGUCAUACACGUUUGAUGCUACUUCAUGAUUCCCGUAAUGAUGAUGGAAUUAAGAGCUUUUUCCAAGAGGUCCAUGAGCUUUAUAUAAAGGUUCUUCUUAAUCCCCUCUACUUGCCUGGUUCCCGCAUUACAUCAUCACAUUUUGAUACAAAAGUUCGUGCCCUAGCAAGAAAAUAUCUGUAGGGGCCAUUCACUAUGUUCAGAGACAAGAUCUUGAUUCUGAAGUAUGAGUUACCGUUUCUAGUCUUGCUUUAAGCCUUCCCAUUUCCCAAUCCCUCGAUUUCGGCGUAAAUGCUAAGGUUUUUUUCAUGGUUGUAAGAGCAUGUUUGCAUGUCAGAGGCUCUCGUUUUGCAUAUUACAAGUAGUAAAUAACAAUUUUCAUGUCAAGAUUUGUUUUACAGAGUUUUGUGUCGAGAAUAGCUAUAUCUGAGCAACUAGUCUUUCUGCUGAAUCUGCUGAUUGACAAUUACUAGAAGCAUGGAGUGGCUUAGAUCUAUCAUGUUAUGUAGAAUUAUCUAGCUUUCAUGAAUGGUACAGAAUCUUAUGACCCCUGUGAAAUUUUGGGGCAUUAGAAAAAUUGUGAGGACAUUUUCAAUGGAUCAGCUUUCAGUGCAUCUUGAAUUUUUGAUAA